CAUUACGUACUUCUUCUGAUCAAUAAAUGGAUUUCAUUCGGACAAUAAGUAUUGUCACAUGAAAGAUACAGGGAAAGUGUUCUAAGCUAAAUUACGAUUUUUCAUCAUCGGAGGUAAAAUAAAUGGUUGUGCUAUUUACAAAGUUCUUCGUAAAGACCCAUCCUCCACAGCUCGUGCCUGUUUAGUUCGUGGAUUGUGAUUCAUAUGUUUUCCGAUAAACUGCGUCAAGAAAAACAGUGUAUUUUAAUGCGUACUGCUAACUAACCAGUCAGUGAGCUGUUUGCUGUGGCGUUACAUCAAAUUGCUGAUAAAAUCGGAAAACGAGGAAAAAGUGCUGCACAGAAGUUGCUCGGUGUUCGUUUUCAUCGCCAAUAGCCUCGUAAUCAUUAUCAGUUAAUAGGUAUUCCAUAAUAAAAUGGCCGCCGGAGAUCCAAAAUGGCAAAAAGAUGCAUCCGAUCAAAACUUCGACUAUAUGUUCAAAUUACUGAUAAUUGGAAAUUCUAGCGUGGGCAAAACAAGUUUCCUUUUUCGUUACGCCGAUGAUUCAUUUACAUCCGCUUUCGUGUCGACGGUGGGAAUUGACUUCAAGGUGAAGACAGUAUUUCGUCAUGACAAGCGCGUGAAGCUGCAAAUUUGGGACACUGCUGGUCAGGAACGAUACCGCACAAUUACGACUGCCUACUAUCGAGGUGCAAUGGGAUUUAUUCUCAUGUACGACAUUACGAACGAGGAAAGCUUCAACUCUGUUCAGGAUUGGAUAACGCAAAUAAAGACCUACUCAUGGGAUAAUGCUCAAGUCAUUCUGGUGGGAAACAAGUGUGACAUGGAAGACGAGCGUGUAAUAUCUCUUGAACGUGGCAAACAGUUGGCUGACCAACUCGGGGUCGAGUUUUUCGAAACGUCAGCGAAAGAGAAUGUUAACGUGAAAAACGUUUUCGAGAGACUGGUCGAUAUCAUUUGCGACAAAAUGUCCGAAAGCUUAGAUUCGGAUCCAGCGUUGGUAGCGGGCGGACCAAAGGGACAGAGACUAACGGAUCAACCGCAAGGACCACCAAACGCCAAUUGCAACUGCUAAGUGCAAUCUCUAGCAUAUUAGAGAAUUAAAGAAAAACGAAUAAACAAUGAAUACGAUCGCAUUACCUAUUCUCUUUAUCAUUGGAACUCAGAAAAUUAAAUAAAGUAUGAACGUGGUUCAUUAAAAUAUUGGAUUGAAAGAAUGGUUCAUAUCGUAAAAAAUAGGGUUAAUUAACAAAUUUUGUUGCUUAAAUUCAGUCAUUUCGGCACACGGCGAAGAGGUAUAGGCAAUUGAAAACAUGUGUACAAAUCGAAACCUACAGAAAUAUGAUUCAUGUGUUUGCCUCGAAUGUAUUUGCUUAAAAUCACCAACACUGGUUUUCCUACUGAUGUAAUCAGCAAUCAUUUAGUAAGAAUACAGAAUCGUAUCGGCGGAAUUCAAUUUGCAUUUCAAGGUUGAAGACAGUAAAACAAAGUUCGAUUGAAAAGUUGAUUUAGUAAAUUCCAUGCCAUCAUUUGUUCUCUAUCUGUUCUAUUUUUUCGUAAUGUAAGUAAUGGAUUCUUCCCAGCUAAAAAUGUAAACUACAUGCAGAGCCAAGAAUAUAUGAUUUGCAUUCACCGUCAACCGAUUGUAUAGCAAAAAUUAGGAAAAAUGUUUUUUGACUAGUAAAAAUUACGAGAUGCCACGUAGAUAAUGGAGAGCUGGGUCGUUUUUUUUAUCUUGGUGAACACGAACCUCUCGCAGGUACAGCGUUAAUACUUAGAUAUGUUAGACUAGCGUAGACAAUAAAUUAAGUAACGAUUGUAACGGACGUGGAAUAUAUGGAUUAUAAUUUGUCGGAUAUCAGUUCUAUAAAUUGAUGAGAUCAGUAUUAACAAUAAUUCAAGCCCACUAAAGGAUACAAUCAAUCAGAAAAGGUUGGUUUUAAUGAUAUGCUGGAAUUCAAAUUAGACGAGGUAUACAAAGUUUGAGAGUCACUUUUCUUAACAGACAAUUCAAUUGAAAACAUUCCAUUAAAAUGUUUAACACGAGGCUUACUUUUCAUGCUAUAUUUCUUUAGGAUUAUAAUCUUGGACUCCGUUUUUACUACAAAAAAUAUGUAUUUUAUUGGUUACAUAGCAGAGGCACAAUGGCGUUACCAUGCAAUUGGUUCACAUUUACAUAUUAAUGAUCAUUUGCGUCCCGAGUACUUCAAACUUAUUUUUUUUUCGUUACAAAUGAAUCCAUUCUGAGAUUCCACAUUCUUCGGAGUAAAUUUGCAUUAUUUUCUCCGAGAGUGAUACAAAUCAAAUUCAUAACGACAUCGACAAAAUCACCAAAAAAUAUGAAUAGGCAUUAACCAUUUGCUGUUUUUUCUACGAUAAUUGGUUGGAUAUGAAGAUGAUAUUGUUAGAUAAUGUUCCAAAGGGUAAAACUGAAACCUUGCAUGUAUUCAUCAUCUCCGUAUAUGUUUUAAUUAUGUGACUGGAGGUCCAGUCGACAAUGUAUAAGGUCUCAAAACAUCUGCAUGUGCCUACAAUAGCUGAAAGAUGUUUUUCCAAUUACCAAAACACUAAUUGUAAUAAUUGUCGAAAAUAUCGGUGAAUGUGUCUAUUUGUUGCUGUUUAGCCUCGACUUAAAAACGAAUAUUUCAGAUACACUGUAUUAGGUUCCAAUAAAAAAAAUGCGAUGUCUCAUUGCGAAGCUAUGUUUACCAACAAUAUCUCGCUAUAUGAAUAAAUUAAUAAAUCAUAAACAAUGUUAAAAUCGCACAUACUAACUGUUUUCGUGAUGUUUUAUUGAAAUAUUAUCCUAUAAGUUCAAACGUAAAGUGAUGAUGAAUUUUUGUGCUAUCUAUCAGAUCAAUUGGACAUAUUGUAAUUGUUACUCAUUACGAAGUCGUACAAAUCUAUUUUUUUUCUCAUACAAGCAAACUUGCAUUAUAGCAGAUGAAUAUAAAGUAUUUUUUGUACAAAAUAUGCGAAAAUCUUAGUUCAGAUGUACGACUCGUUUUGAAUGAGAUAAUCAAUUGAAACUGGUGUACACUAAUAACUGAUUUAUCUAUAACUUAAUCAAUGAUUAACAACAAUUACCAUAUAGACUUAGAGGAACAGUAAAAUUUAAGUAAUUAUCAUUAUUGUUGUAAAAACUAUAUAUACAUGACACUAAGUAGAUGAAUAUAACGGACGAACCGAUCCA